UCUGUAGCACGAAAUUUUCCCGACCAUUCGAAGCUGUGAGCGUGAAAAGCACACACCUGUACAGAAAGGUUAUUUUCAGCAGGUAAUUUUUUGAUCCAGCUCAGCCCACAGCUCCAGUGCCAGCUUUGGGAGAUGGUGGAAUUCCUGGAGCAGGUCAGGCAGGGCAUGGAGCUGCCCCUUUCAGAGUCAGCCCGGGCUUGAAUUAGAUUGGCAUCACUACAAAGCCACAGCUACAGAAAAAUCAGAUAACAAUGUACGUGUGCCCAUGAAGCAAGAUGGAGAGGAGAUAGUACGGUGAGGGCGUGCCUUGAGACAGGAUGGCUUUCCUGGACAACCCCACCAUCAUCCUGGCGCACAUCCGGCAGUCGCACGUGACCAGCGAUGACACGGGCAUGUGCGAGAUGGUCCUCAUCGACCACGACGUGGACCUGGAGAAGUUCCACCCCUCCUCAGCCUGCGGGGACAGCGGGGCAGAGCCCCAGGGCAGCAAUGGGGACACUCAGGGCUACGUCUACUCCCAAUCCGUGGACAUUACCUCAAGCUGGGACUUUGGGAUCAGGCGCCGGUCGAACACAGCUCAGAGACUAGAACGUCUGCGGAAAGAGAGACAAAAUCAAAUAAAAUGCAAAAACGUUCAGUGGAAAGACAGAAAUACUUCUUGCUCAGCAGAGGAGCUGAGCUCACUGUUUGAAAAGAAGAAUUUUAGGGUGAAAUCCCCAUGUUCUGGGAAGCAGUCCAUCCUCUCUGUGAGACUGGAGCAGUGCCCACUGCAGCUCAACAACCCCUUCAAUGAGUACUCCAAAUUCGACGGCAAGGGCCACGUUGGUACAACGGCAACCAAAAAAAUCGAUGUCUACCUCCCCCUGCACACGAGCCAGGACAAGCUGCAGCCCAUGACCGUGGUGACCAUCGCCAACGCCAAGGUGCACGACCUGAUCGGGCUCAUCUGCUGGCAAUAUACAAGUGAGGGACGGGAACCCAAGCUGAAUGACAAUGUCAGCGCCUACUGCCUGCACAUCGCCGAGGACGACGGCGAGGUGGACACGGACUUCCCGCCCCUGGACUCCAACGAGCCCAUCCACAAGUUUGGCUUCAGCACGCUGGCCCUGGUGGAGAAGUACUCGUCCCCAGGGCUGGCAGCCAAGCAGUCGCUCUUCGUGCGCAUAAAUGCUGCUCAUGGAUUCUCACUUAUUCAGGUGGACAGUAUGAAGGUCACCAUGAAGGAUAUCUUACAAAAGGCCUUAAAGAGAAGGAAGGGAUCACAGAGAGGCUCAGGUCCUCAGUAUCGGCUGGAGAAGCAGAGUGAACCUAAUGUCCCAGUAGAUUUAGACUGUACCUUGGAGAGCCAGAGCACUUUGGAAUUCUGCCUUGUCCGGGAGAACAGUUCCAGAGGAGAAGAGGUGUCGGAGGAGGACCCCCAGAUCGACAUAGCCACGGUGCAGGACAUGCUCAGCAGCCACCACUACAAGUCCUUCAAAGUCAGCAUGAUCCACCGGCUGCGCUUCACCACGGACGUGCAGUUAGGUAUUUCUGGAGACAAGGUAGAGAUAGACCCUGUUACUAAUCAGAAGGCCAGCACUAAGUUUUGGAUUAAGCAGAAACCCAUUUCAAUCGAUUCUGAACUCCUCUGUGCCUGUGACCUUGCGGAAGAAAAAAGCCCAAGUCAUGCAAUAUUUAAACUUACAUAUCUAAGCAAUCAUGACUACAAACACCUUUACUUUGAAUCAGAUGCUGCUACUGUCAAUGAAAUCGUACUGAAGGUUAACUAUAUUCUAGAGUCGCGAGCAAGCACAGCCAGAGCAGACUAUUUCGCUCAGAAACAAAGAAAGCUGAGCAGGAGAACGAGCUUUAGCUUCCAGAAGGAGAAGAAGUCGGGGCAGCAGUGAGCGGGCAGAGCUGCGCGCGGCGCUGG